AUGGACAUGAACGACCUCGAUUCUUUGAAGAUAAUCCGUCCUCUCCUUGAAUACCUGAUCUCGCAAAUUAUGGUCGAGGAUGACCUUGAUUCUUUGAACAUACUCCUGGAAUUAGCAGCACAAGCCCUACACAAAGAUAUUUCAGAAGUGGCUCACCAGGGUGGAGAGAAGGUAUCGAGAACGGUUGUCGCCAGGUUAUAUCGAGUCUAUCGACUCCAACACUGCGUUUACAUACCUACCACCCGUGAACAGGUCAGAGCCUUCGGAUCCAACGUCACCGUGCGGAUGAGCAGAAUGCAGCUUGAAUGGGGCGAAGAAUACAAGAAGGAUCAAGAUGAGGAUUACAGCCCCUGGUACAUGGGUCGUCUUGACGACGCUGGACCGACAGCUACCGGAUCGGAUCGAAUACUGCCGAUUCUUGCAGACGAUUGA